AUGCAGUUCUCGCUCGUUGCUCUCGCGGCCCUCGUGCCCUAUGUGUCCGCUCACUACUUCUUCGACGUCCUGGUCAUCGACGGCCAGGAAACCUCUCCCAACCAGUACAUCCGCUCCAACACCCGUCCGGAAAAGUACAACCCCACCAAAUGGAUCAACACGCGCGACGACAUGACGCCCGACAUGACCGACUUUCGCUGCAACAAGGGGGCCUUUGAGUCCGCCGGGCAGACCGAGACGGCCACCGUCCAGGCGGGCUCCACGCUCGCCAUGAAGCUGGGUGUCCAGGCCACGAUGCAGCACCCGGGCCCCGCCCAGGUCUACAUGUCCAAGGCCCCCUCCACGGCCCAGGAGUACGAGGGUGACGGUGACUGGUUCAUGAUCUUCCAGGAGGGCGUCUGCAACCCGGACGCCGACUUCACCAAGGACGCCUGGUGCACGUGGGACAAGGACCGUAUCGAGUUCACCAUUCCCUCGGACCUGCCCGAUGGCGAGUACCUGAUCCGCGCCGAGCACAUUGGUCUCCACGGUGCGCACGUUGGCGAGGCCGAGUUCUACUAUGCCAGCUGCGCGCAAGUUUCGGUGACGGGUGGCGGGGAUGGUGUCCCUGGCCCCACGAUCCAAUUCCCUGGGGGCUACAAGCAGGAUGAUGAGUCUUUCAACUUCAGCCUCUGGAGCGGCUACCGGGAGUACCCUCUACCGGGUCCCGGUGUCUGGACCGAGGGCGACAGCGCCUUCUCAAACCCUUCCUACGACACCUGUCGAAGAGCCAGUCGAAGAGCCCACCGCAGUGUCUACCACAGAACCUACCACGGCUCCUACCGCAGCUCCUACCGCAGAGCCCGACAACGAGCAAGGUAA